AUGGACGAUACAGAUAAGCCUGAUCCAAUUCUAAAACAAGUUCCACUAAUCAAAAAUCCUUCAUAUCAACCACCAAAAGCAAUAACCUUAAAUACAAACUACAACAAACUAUUACCAAGUCUAUCAUCAACUGUUAUACCACCACAAUUGAAAGUUUCAGAAGAUGAUAUAAAUAAUUGGAUUAAUGAAUUGAAUGAAUUUAAACGUAAAUUGAAUGCUAAUAAUGAUGAGACUAAUGAUACUUAUGAAUACAAAAACUGGAUUAAUGAACAAUCAAAUAAAGUUGCCCCUGGCUUCAGUUAUGAUAUUUUAAAACCAAAGAAAUAA